GUCCGCAUCACCCACGCCUCAGGUGUUCCUGUACGACAGGGGCAGUUUCGGUUAUCUAUAUUGCAGGUCACAACUCACAGCCUUUGUGGCGCCACCUGCUAUCGACACGUACUACCAUACCCUGGGUCUUGGAAUCUGCCACGUAGGAUUCACCCGUGGCCACUUCGCCUGCUCAUGCUUUUCCCACUCUUCGCCUGUUCGUUCCCUUCAAAUACUCCACGCCCGCUGAUCGGUUCCUUAUCUUCGCCUUGCAAACAAGCAUCCCCGCACCCGGACAAAACUGACGCUCACGUUUCCAUGUCCGGUGACUCGUCGGACGUUACCUUUGGCGAGUUCGCGGAAAUGGAGGACCUUCACGUCGCUUUUUCCCCUGAUUUUCUGAGGAUUCGCCUGACUUAAUGCCGUCGCUUAUUUCGGAGUUCUUGCCGUGUUUGGUAGAAGAACUAAGCAAAAGCGACUUUACUUGGCAGAGUUUUCAAGUUAUUCCGAGCCAUCUCCUGCAAAACCGAGGUCUAUUAAAACUAUAUAAUAAUCGGAGAAGUUAAAAGGGAACUGUUCUAGUUUGUGCGUCCCGAGUUGCCUAUGCGGUGCAUUGAUUUUUUUUUUUUUUUGGUUCCUGUUGAUUUUCUGUGAAUGAUUUGGUUUAGCUCUUCGUCCUAAAAUUUUGAACUAGUAUGCGGAGAAUCGAGGUAGUUUUACUGUGUUUGAGAGAUUCGAUUAGCUUUUGGUAGUUGUGUAAUUUGACUCCCGAGUAAUUGAAAAUUCAGUUCGGGGUUUGCAAAUGGAAUAGUGGAAUUCAGAGACUCUAAGACUCUCGAGUCAUGCCAAUGAAAAUUCAGCCGAUCGAUCCUCAGAUACAUGCAGAGGGGACUAGGCCUGAGCAGGCUAAGCCCAUCGUCAAAUCGCGAUUGAAGAGACUCUUUGAGCGCCAGUUCCACGGUGUUCUGAGAAAUUCUGCGGCAGAAAAGGUCGGCGGCGAGGAGCUGCAUUCGGCUAAAGAUGUGCUAAACGAUUCCAAUGAUUUUGAACCGAGUUCGGUGUGUUUGGCGAAGAUGGUGCAGAAUUUCAUCGAGGAAAAUCAAGAGAAGCAAUCCUCUCUCGUCAGGUGUGGACGAAACCGCUGCAACUGCUUCCAUGGAAACGGUGAUGACAGCUCUGACGAUGAAUCCGACGUAUUCGGUGGUUUUGGUGACUCCAACUAUUCUUUGACUGCAGAAGCGGUUGAAAUUCUGAAGGGUCUGGUGGCUUGUGCAAGUGUGUGUGAAAGGAAUUUGCUAGCGGACACUGCUAAGAUAGUCGAGAAGAAUAAGAUUUGCAAGCGUAAAGACGAUUUUUGCCGAAAGCUUGUAAUUGAUGGGUUGUUGGCUAUCGGAUAUGACGCGUCAAUCUGCAAAUCUCGCUGGGAAAAUUCUCCCUUCUGUCCUGCCGGUGAAUAUGAAUACAUUGAUGUAAUCGUCGAGGGCGAGCGGGUGCUUAUAGACAUUGAUUUCAGAUCAGAAUUUGAAAUUGCUCGAUCAACGAAGACGUACAAGACGAUUCUUCACACUCUGCCCUGCAUUUACGUGGGCAAGUCCGAUCGGUUGCAGAGCAUAAUAGGAAUCGUAUCGGAGGCCGCCAAACAGAGUCUGAAGAAGAAGGGCAUGCACAUCCCGCCAUGGAGGAAAGCCGAAUACGUUAAAGCAAAAUGGCUCUCUCCUUACACGCGAACCACACCCACUAAGCUUGAGUCGCACGAAAUGAAGGAAACAUCGGAAAAGCAUCCACCUUUAAUUGGAAGCAGCGAGUUUGGGCAGAGUAACAGGGAAGGAAAAUCUGCUGAUGAUGAGGAGUGUUGUGGUUCCGUGUUUUCUUUGUCUGAGGGUUCUGGGAAAGACGAUAAGGCCACGGCAGAGACAGCUUGGAAACCUCCGGCGCUGAAGCCCAAGAGCAUCCAGUCAGGGGCUAAGAUCGUCACUGGCUUGGCAGCAGUCUUGGAUAACCCUUAGAACCAUGAACCAUGAAGUUUUGUUUUUGUUUUUUUUUUUUUUUUUUUGGCUUUUCUCGGCGUCUUUUUGCCAAGAUGAGAGCUCAAAAUGAUAUAGAUGUAACAGUUCUAUCCCUUCUCUUUUUUAUGUAAAGGGAUGAAUUUACUUUACUGAUAUGAAUGAAUUAAAUAAAACUUGACAUAUGAUUAGCAAAACCCAUAA